AUGGUUUUGCGGGAUUCAUAUGAUGAACUACACGAUUUCAUCUCGCCCACAUUCUUCGCUCACCUGCAACGCAUUUCUACAAACAUCCGUUCCGAAGGAAAACACAGAGAAGCAGAAAUCCGAUUCUGUCCGAUGGGAACAAGACGGAACAGGAAGACAGGAGCAAUAGGAGGUGGGUGGAAUAGGAGGGCAUCUCUGCAACGAUCGGGAAUUGUCGUGACGUCACAUGACGUCACGGGCCCAGCAGCCAAUCCCAUUCAAAGCCCUUACUGCCGUUGGCAGCCAUACUUGCAUGUCGUUCGUUCUCCUCUGUACGUCUCAUGGAAAUUCGUCGUUUCUUUCAUCCUCAAGUUUCUCGUUGAAAUGGCCCCGAGUAUCGGUGUAAAUUUGCGGGUCACCGGUCACCUGAACCAAGGAGGACGUAAAUACAUGGAAGAUGUGUUUUGUGUGGCGUAUCAGCAAACAGAGGACGAUCGUGACCUGGAAUAUGCCUUUUUUGGAAUCUUCGAUGGGCACGGUGGGCGUGAGGCAGCCGCGUUCGCCAAGGAGCAUUUGAUGGACAAUAUUGUAAGCCAGAAGCCGUUUUGGUCCAACAACGACGAGGCAGUGUUGAAAGCCAUCCAUGAUGGCUUUAUCCAUACCCAUAAAGAGAUGUGGAAAGAACUAGACAAAUGGCCGAGGACUGCAUCGGGACUGCCGAGUACUUCGGGGACGACAGCUAGUAUCGCCUUCAUUAGGAGAGGGAAAAUAUACAUCGGACAUGUCGGAGACUCUGCCAUUGUGCUUGGCCAACAGAUUGACGAGAACACCUGGGGAGGUGAGAGGUUGACGAGAGAUCACAAGCCUGAGCUUCAGUCUGAAAAGGACAGAAUCUCCCAGUCUGGUGGGAAGGUAGCAUACAAGUCUGGGGUUCCACGUGUUGUCUGGAAUAGACCAAAAAUUGGUCACAAGGGACCUGUCAGAAGAUCAACUCCCAUAGAUGAAAUCCCCUUCCUAGCUGUAGCCAGGGCUCUUGGUGAUCUAUGGAGUUAUAAUUCUACACUAGAUGAAUUUGUGGUUUCACCUGAACCUGAUGUCUAUGUUCUGGACAUAGACUUGACUAAGCACCGAUGCCUCAUCUUGGGCACUGAUGGUCUAUGGAACAUGCUCACCCCUCAAAAUGCAGUCAACAUUGCAGCUGAAACUGAGAGGCAUAAUGAGAAGCAUAUCAUUGAAAAGGCAACCAGAGGACACGCAAGUAUUAGCUGGCUCAAUCCAUCAAAACGGCUGGUUGAUCGUGCGAUAGAGCGAUGGAAUUCCUUGCGUCUGAGAGCUGAUAACACUUCUUGCGUGACAGUGAUGCUUGACCCACCUGGUCCACCCAAGUCUGAGGUACUUCUGCGGCAGUACCAAUUGCAAAAGAAUGAGCAUCAACCUUUCCUGCCAAGUCCAGUGCGUGAAAAUGGUGGUGGAGAAAGUAACUCCUCAAGCCAUCCCUUCCUCUCUGGUACUAGACCACCUUCCAUCAGUCGAUUGCAUCGGCCAAAGACUUUUGUGGUCAUGCCUCAAUCUGAAGCAUUGCCAACAUCCACAUCACCUCUGGCCCCCCUCUCCUCACGGCCAGUGGAUAGCCAGGGACGUCCAAUGUAUACACCCUCGGGAGAUCGCAUCUUCUACCCUCGACCUAUUAAGGAGAAGGACAAUGAAGUGCAGAGUCCAGAAGUGUCAUCAACAAGUGAUGAGAAAAUGCGUUCACCAACCUCAUCCACAUCUCUCCCCUGCAUCUCUUCAGAUUCUGUGUCUUCGCUUGACCAUAAAGCUAACAAACGAAGUUUGGUGCCUCUGCCUCCGAUUCGGAACAGUUCCCAACGCCGUCGCCUACGUCGCUCAGUGGACGAUGAAGACGUUAGUGAUCAGGAGAAUCGGAGUGUGCCUAAAAUUAGGGGAAGGUCUAUUCCUGAUGAUGGAGUCUGUGGCAGAAGGAACAUUGCAGAUGAUAAUGCCAAGGUUCUGAGAUCUUCAUUUGCUGUGAAGAACAAUAUGGUGAGUUCCCGGAGGGCAUCGACCAAGCGUUCUGCUUCAGAACUGUUAGACAUUGACCCAGCUGUGUCCUGCAAGUCCCCGCGCAUGCAGACCCGAUCGCAGUCGGCAUCAGCUCGGGUGCUGACGCGCAGCCGAGUUCGACAGACUGAUCUUAUGAAUCUGCGCAUCAAAGACCUCAGGAGUUACUUGAAUGAAAACUCCAUCUCCACUCGUGGAUGUGCAGAGAAACGAGACCUGGUGGACCUGAUAUUGGAGAACUUUGGCUGUGGGAUGAACAGAAGCAAUCCAACAGAUUUGCUUCAUCCUCCAAUUCAUAGAGCUCCAUAUUCUAUGUCAUUCAAUGGGGAAAGGCGAGAGAACAUUUACAGUCAACUUGAUGAUCUCAAUCAAAACUCCCAUGUGGAAGGAGAUUUGGACAGCAUUCAGAGUGAGGACAAUCAAAUAGAGGCAGUUGUGAAUGAGAGCUUGAUUUCAGUCCAUAGCCAUGUCAAUAUGGAAGAUGGGACUGUCCUUGCCAUGGACCAGGAAAUGCAGACAAAUAUGUUGCAAGGUGACAAUGAGGAUUUACAUCUUCAUCACCAAGAGGGAGCAGUACAGGAAGUCAGACAUGAUCUCCAAACUGCUCAAAAUGCAUUUGGUGAUACUGCCACCACUGUUGCUCGGGAGCGUGACAAACAAGUAGCCCGAUCCAUUUCUUUAUCGGACCUGCAGUGUGAGCAGGAAGUUGAGAAGCUGAGUGCCAAAGAAUGCAAGGUGAUUCUUACCCUGUAUCGGGUGAGCCUUCAUGGUCUUGUUGAGAAACAAGACUUAGUUGAUCUGGUCAAAAGGCUCUGGCGGGAUAAGGAGAAAGCCAGGCUAGAAGCUGAGGAGUUACCUGACUCUGAAUUGUGCAAGAUCUGCAUGGCAGCUCCAAUGGACUGUGUGUUGCUGGAAUGUGGCCACAUGGCCACCUGUACCCUCUGUGGGAAGCAGAUGUCUCACUGUCCUAUAUGCCAGCAAAUAGUUCUCCGUGCUAUCCAUGUGGUCAAUAAAUGCCCACUGGAUGCCCCACCACAUUUCCCCAUUUUCAAUCAAAACAAAAAAUGUUCAACAAUCUCAGUUGUCGUCAUCUUGAAUGAUUUUGUAAUAUUCAUCAUUGUCAAUCUCAAUCUCCAAUGGGGACAUGCUGCCAGCAUUGAGAUCUACAUCUCUUGCAUUUUCUCUGUCUUCAUUUGCAACAGGAGCCCGAGUCUGGUCUCCCUGUUGCCGUCUGCUGUUGAGUUUUGCCCUCAGAUUUUCGGAAGGGUUCUCGGUGCUGAGAUUUCUGCUGGCCAAGACGGCGGUGCAGAGGGGACGAAAGUCUCCCCCUACCUCUUCCUCUGCUUCUUCUGUAUCGUCGUUGGGGAAUGUCUGAUUCUGAGUCACUUGCUGAAUCAUUUGAGGGAAAGUCUGAAGAACAAGUUUAGUGAGCUUCGAGCCCAGCAGAUGAUUUUCCUAGAAGGUGAGGAGAUGGCAAAAUCCUGCCUCCAGGCUGGGAAAAUAAGUCGUUACCGAUUUCUCACACAGCUUAUCACAGCUGAGCAGGGGAAGUAUCUUUCAAUCUUCUAUUCCACUCACUGCCAUCCAGGGCUUUCAGUGCCUCAACAAUGGAAGGCAGUAUCAGCAGCUGCCAGUGUCACUCAGCCCAGGGUUCGUAUGAUUGGGCAUGUGCAUUCCUCCCAUUUGAAAGUGGAGAAUGUGGAUGAUACUGUGGAACAUGGGACAACUGCAAAAUCUGGAGCUGAUUCUCCAUCUCACAUACAGAGAGAUGAACUGGAUCUUUCAUUCACCAACACAAUAGCAGCUUUUAAGAGUAAAACCACAUGGGAAGUCUUCCGUGGGUGGCUCGUCUUCACACUUUGCUCCUCAUCGUACCUUGUGGAUCAUAAUCCUCAGCUCAUGAAACUGGGUCAGAAACUCCUUGGGAAGAAACUUUUUGCCAAGGUCAUGAAAGCAUCCUUUUAUGGGCACUUUGUGGCUGGUGAGAAUCCGAAAGAAGUAAAACCCAUGAUUGACCGGAUGAGGUCAUUUGGGGUCAAGUCAAUAUUGGAUUAUUCUGCUGAGGAAGACCUCUCCAGUGAAGAAGCAGAGGUGGCAGAGAUGAUGGGAUGUCUUUCUGCGGCGGAGCAGGAAAAGGGCAUUGAAGGUGCAAUCAAGCGGUUCCAUGUACAUAGAGAAUUUGCUGAUCGCCGCUACCAGGUGACAGCAGCAAGAACCUUCUUUUAUAGGGGAGAAGCACAAUGUGAGAAGAACAUGGAGAUUUUCCUCAAAUGCAUUGACAAUGUCUCUCAUUCCACGAAAGCCACAGGCUUUGCUGCCAUCAAACUGACAGCUCUGGGCAGACCUCAACUUCUGCUGCAAUUAUCAGAGGUGAUAGUACGAGCAAGACUGUACUUCCGUGAGGUUAUUGGUGACCAUCCUGUUCAGAAUGGGGGAAAUAUCAUUAAGGAAGCUAUAAAACCAGAAGAACUGGAGGAGAAAUUUGAGGAAGCCAACAUCCGUCAUACAGCUCCUGUCCAGAAGUUCCUGGAUCAACUCACCUAUGACAGGAAGGGGCUGAUAAACUUGUUUUCUUGGAGUGGACUGAUCCAUAAUGAAGUGCUGCUGUCAGAGCUUUUUCGAGUUCCAAACCUUCAUACUGGGCGGUGGCAGCCACUCAUCUCAGCCCUCAGUGACGACGAGGAGGAGAUGUUCCGCAACAUGAUGCGACGGCUUCACAACAUAUGCCAGUUUGCAUCUGAACGUGAUGUACGGGUCAUGAUUGAUGCAGAGCAAUCAUACUUCCAACCAGCUAUUUCUCGACUGACGAUUGAGAUGAUGCGAGAAUAUAAUCGGGAACGAGCAAUCCUCUUCAAUACGUAUCAGUGUUACCUAAAGGCUGCCCUGGAAAACAUCAAAUUUGAUCUGGAACAGGCUGAACGACAAGGAUUUUUCUUUGGGGCCAAAAUUGUUCGAGGGGCCUACAUGGAACAGGAAAGGGCUCGAGCAGCAGCCCUGGGCUACGAUGACCCAAUCAAUCCAACCUACGAGGCUACAUCGGCCAUGUAUCAUGAGGUGUUGAUGGAAUGCUUGAACCGCAUCAAGCGGUACAAGGAUGCCGAGGAUGAGAAACGUGUAGCUGUUAUGGUGGCAACACACAAUGAGGAUUCCGUCAGAUUCACUGUCCAAAAGAUGCUGGAACUGGGAAUCCAUCCUCUUGAUCGAGUAGUAUGCUUUGGACAACUCUAUGGCAUGUGUGAUCAGGUCAGCUUUCCUCUGGGCCAAGCUGGCUACUCAGUGUAUAAGUAUGUCCCCUACGGCCCUGUGUACGAGGUUCUUCCGUAUCUGUCUCGUCGGGCUGCUGAGAACAAGGGAGUCCUGGAGAAGGUACAGAAGGAGCGUCGACUUCUGGGUGCCGAACUGCGGCGUCGGCUCCUGAAUGGCCAGAUCUUCUACACGCCUAAAGGGAACUAUGCACCUGCUUGAGAAAGACUUACCUGAAUGGUGUUUGUAGCUCAUAGAGUAAGAGGAACUGCUUUCCAAAAAUGGUGGGAAGUAUUGCUCUUGAGAGAGGGAAGUUGAAUGAGGUACUUCAAAAGUGUGUUGUGUUGAGCUAUGGAUCUCUCAGCCUUUGCUGGAAGCCAAAGACUGACAAGCACGAAGUAAUGUGGUCUCCAAGAUCAGAAUCUUGCCACUUAGGAACAACUCCAAAGCCAUCUGAAGCUGUACAAAGUGAAAGCAUGAAUGAAAAUCAAUGAUAGAAGUUAGUAGUAAUGAAAGUAGUUGGAGACCCAAAAGUGGUUUUUGUUUUCUCAUCUUGUAUGAAUAGUUUCCUGUCAAUUCAAAUGGUGCUUUGUUGAAUAUCAUGAGCUUGAAGAGUAGCAGGUCUUGAUCAGUCAAGGAUCUAAGGAGUUGCCAGCAGUCUUUCUUCUAGGUUGUGAAAAUUUAUUUUGACCUUGGAUGAAAAAAUUUGUCUCUACUAGAGACUUUGAUCAGUAGCUCACACUGUGAAAGUGCUUAAUGCUUAUUUUAUUGUCUUGUAAGACAAAUUCUGACUACCAACCUGAAGCUUUUUCUCCCAUUCAUUAUUGGAGCUGGAGACAUCAUCUGUGAGCCUAGUUGGCUCUUCCUGUAUGUUAGUUUUAGGUCCACUCAUUCCUGUGUGUGGCUUUUGACUAGAUGCAUUUGUCAGACAUUCAGAUGUAGGUUUUUUCUCCCUCGCACAUCUGACUUCAUGGUGCGAGGGGGUUUCGUUCCGAUGGUAAUAAAAAUGGUUUCAAUGAGCUGAUGAAA